AUGGCCAUGUUCAAAACAACAAAACCAUGGUUCUGGCUUUCUCUUCUCAACCUCAUCUUCUCUUUACACUACCUUCCUUCCAUUGCAGCUCUAACCACCAUCUCUGCAAACCAAUCUCUCUCUGCUGACCAAACUCUAGUCUCUGAAGGUGGAAGAUUUGAACUAGGUUUCUUCAAACCAGGUAAUAAUUCCUCUAAGUACUACAUAGGAAUAUGGUACAAAAAGGUUAGCCAACAAACAAUUGUUUGGGUUGCCAACAGAGACAAUCCUGUCUCUGACAAAAGCACUGCCACCUUAAAAAUUUCAGCUGGUAAUUUAGUUCUAUUAGAUGAGUAUUCAAACCAAGUUUGGUCAACAAACACGAGUUUUCCUAACUCAGAUUCUGUUGUAGCUAUUCUUCUAGACAGUGGAAAUCUUGUUUUGAGAAAUAGGCCUAAUGGUGAUGCAUCAGAUCCUCUAUGGCAGAGUUUUGAUCAUCAGACAGAUACGUUUCUUCCGGGUGGAAAAAUUAAGCUGGACAAGAAAACAAAGAAGCCUCAGUUUCUUACUUCAUGGAAGAAUAGGGAGGAUCCUUCGACUGGUCUUUUCUCUUUGGAACUUGAUCCAAAAGGAACAAAUUCAUAUCUUAUUCUUUGGAAUAAGUCUGAACAGUAUUGGACAAGUGGAGCUUGGAAUGGACAGAUAUUUAGUCUUGUUCCUGAGAUGAGGUUAAAUUACAUAUACAAUUUUUCGUUUGUGUCGAAUGAGAAUGAGACCUAUUUCACUUACUCGAUGUAUAGCGAUUUAAUUAUAUCUCGGCUUGUGAUGGAUAUCUCGGGCAUUAUCAAGCAAUAUACGUGGUUGGAAAGUUUGAAUCAGUGGAACCUGUUUUGGUCGCAGCCAAGACUACAAUGUGCGGUUUAUUCUUUCUGCGGUGCAUUUGGGAUCUGCUCUGAAAACUCGAAGCCGCUUUGUACUUGUUUGAGAGGUUUUGAGCCCAAGUCAGUGUCUGAUUGGAAUAUGGAGGAUCACUCAAGUGGGUGUAUCAGAAGAACAAGUUUGCAAUGCAAGGAUUCCUAUCCCUCUAAUAGGGAUAAUUACGCGUUCCUUGCAAUGACCAACAUGGCAUUACCUAAACAUGCACAAUCUGUGGGGUUAGGGAAUGCAGAAGAAUGUGAAAUAACUUGCUGGAGAAACUGCUCCUGCACUGCUUAUACAUAUGAUAGUAAUGGGUGUUCAAUUUGGUUUGGAGACCUUGUGAAUCUGCAACAAUUGUCUUCUGAUGAUAGUAGUGGAGAAACUUUAUUUAUCAAACUUGCAGCAUCAGAACUUCGUGAUGCUAGUGAAAACAGAUACCGAGGGAGGGUGACUAUUGGUGCUGCUGUGGGCGCGGUUGUUGGCAUAGGGAUACUCUUAUCCCUUCUAUUGUUUUUCAUCCUUAGGCGAAGAAAGAGAAUGCUUGCAAAAGGAAAACUCUUGGAGGGUUUUAUGGUGGAAUUUGAGUACAAGGAUUUGCAAAACGCGACAAAGAAUUUCUCAGAGAAAAUGGGAGGAGAAGGAGGUUUUGGUUCGGUUUUCAAAGGAGCUUUAGCUGAUUCAAGUGUUGUAGCAGUGAAGAAGCUAGAGGGUGUUAGCAAAGGAGAGAAGAAGUUCAGAACAAAAGUGAGUAUAAUAGGGACAAUGCAGCAUGUUAAUCUCGUUCGCCUCCGUGGAUUCUGUUCAGAAAGUACAACCAAAAGGUUUCUGAUUUAUGAUUACAUGCCAAAUCUUUCCUUGGAUUUCAAGUUAUUUGGAAACAACAAUUCCGAGGUGUUGGGAUGGAAAAUGAGAUACCAAAUUGCUCUUGGAAUUGCAAGGGGACUAAUUUACCUUCAUGAGAAAUGCGAAGAAUGUAUCAUACAUGGUGAUAUAAAGCCGGAAAACAUUCUCCUUGACGCUGAUUUUAGUCCAAAAGUUUCCGACUUUGGCCUAGCCAAGCUAAUCGGACGGGAUUUCAGCAGAAUCCUUACAACCAUGAGAGGAACAAGAGGCUAUCUUGCCCCAGAAUUGUUAUCUCGGGCUGCUAUCACAGCCAAAGCCGAUGUUUACAGCUACGGAAUGAUGCUUUUUGAGGUUGUGUCAGGUAGGAGGAACUCCGAUCCGUCUCCCGAUGGCGAAGCUAUUUUCUUUCCUACCUUGGCUGCAAAAGUAGUUAACGAAGGUGGUAAUGUCCUAACCCUUUUGGACCCUAAGUUGGAGGGAAAUGCUGAGAUUGUAGAGGUUAAUCAAAUGAUAAUAGUUGCUUCUUGGUGUGUUCAAGAAAAUGAAACUCAGAGGCCAACGAUGCGUCAGGUACUUCAAAUUCUUGAGGGGAUUUUGGAUGUGAAUGUGCCACCAAUUCCAAGAUUCAAUCAAGUGUUUGUAGAUAACUAA